UUACCUUGAUAUAACCAGGCAAGAAAACUCUAACACCCAUAAUACACCUCGCUAGGUUACGUAACGUUGCAGCGUCCGUCGGGGAAGCAGUUGACAGCAGUCAGCAGUCAAGAGCAGGCCGAAGUGGGUAAACAAAACAAAAACAUUUUUUGUUAAAUAGCGAAAACAACCCAAAGUUUUGAUCUACUUUUGUAUCCGAAGAAUGUGUAACAUUGUUCUGAAGGGGUUUGAAGUACGUUAAAGUGAAAAGUCGUUAGUAAAGAGAGGGCGUGCACCUGUCUAAGCUAAAUAGGUUAACCUAGCUAGCUAACGUCUGUCGUUGAGCCCGCUCAGGUUAGCUAGCUAGCUAGCUGGCCAGCCAUGUCGUCCCCCUCCUCCUCCAGGCGCCAGUGGUGCUACCUGUGCGACCUGCCAAAGAUGCCGUGGACUGUGGUGUGGGACUUCAGCGAAGUGGUUUGCCGUGGCUGCGUAAACUACGAGGGAGCUAAUCAGAUUGAGUUCCUUAUAACGAAUGCCCGACAGCUGAAACGAACUCACGGGAUGCAGGACGGUAACGUCAGGUCACCUGGUCCCUCGCCCAAUAAACACGGCACAUCUGGCAGAGGAGAUGCGGACGGAGGCAGGCAGCACAUGGACCGCUACGACAGGGGAGGAAGAGGAGAAAGUACCGUGUCUGCUAUUCGUGUGCCGCCCAACGGGCUGCACCGCGACGGCCAGCAGCCUCAAGAAUUGAACCGUCAGAGCCCCAGCGGCAGCCGAAGACCCAUGCUAGGCGCUGCCAUCCCUCCUAAUCUAGUGACUCCGAGUAUUGCAGGGAUUCCCCAUGGGUUACUUACGGGCAUGCCGGCGGGUCUAACCGCCAGGACAGCCCCCAUGAGCAGCCCCAUGAUCUUCCCUGCCCCGGUGCUGGCCGAGAUGAGCCGCAGACAGCUGGGGAUAGGGAUGGGGAUAGCUCCUUUUAUCACUCCGGAGCUGGAGCGAGAGCUCAGUUCGUCACAGAAUCAGCCCAAGAUGCAGACACAGAUCCACACUGCUGUGGCUGGCAGCAGCGGCAGUAAGAGUACAGGCAUCCCUUCUUCUACCUCGACCCUGGCUGGAGGUGUGAACCAGACCAGCCCCAAGCCUGCCUCGUCGCCAGCCAGGCAGCCACGGCCCCUAACUGCGAGGUCCGGAGGGGAGCCCCUGGGAUCCAGCACCUCAGCAGAGGCUGCCACCACAGCUGCAGCGUUACCCCACAGCGGUGCCUCUGAGCUGGGAUCAGCAUCUGCCAGCAACACUCAUUCAACUGGAAACACUCUAUCCUGCACCUUGUGUCAUGAGAGGCUGGAAGACACACACUUUGUUCAGUGUCCAUCAGUGCCUGGGCAUAGGUUCUGCUUCCCCUGCACCAGAGUGUACAUCCAGAGCCGGCGGGGCGAUGGGGAGGUGUACUGCCCCAGCGGAGAGCGCUGUCCACUGGACAACUCUCCCAACAGUCCCCCUUGGGCCUUCAUGCAGGGAGAAGUAUCCACCAUACUCGGCACUGCCGGAGCAGGAGCUGCAUCAGCUGCUGCAUCUGGAGCCGGGAACGGGCCUGGAGCUGCGGCGGCGUCCGGGAGCGGAGCUGCCAGCGGAGCGGGAGCCGCCAGCGGAGACGUUACCGUCAAGAAAGAGAGAGAGACGUGAUGAUGGCUUCCAUGAAAACCAGACAAGGACCCAGUACAGCAACAGAGUUGAAUCGUAUACCGAAAGAGACGUCUGCAAUGGAGCUUUGAGAGAUCCAGAAGAGAAGCAACACAGUUCGGAAAACCUCCAUUGCACAGGUCUUGACUCCAACUACUAACACCACUCAAUUCUAUCAACAUUAUCAGACCUAAAAUUGCCUUUUGAUGUACUGUUGGAAUCAGAUAUUCAGGGCCAAUCAACAGCUGAACAGUGGCUACUUUUUGUAGUGUUAGUAGUAGUUGUGCCAGUAGAAACAACUGGGCUGCGUUUCAAUAGUGGUUCAACAUGCUCUCGUUGACUUCCCCUAAGCACUUGCCCUCGGGGGGAAUCCGCCGCCAUCUUACGUGUCGCUCCAAUCGUCUAAAAAACGGAAGUGAACUUGGUGAGAUUGACCCUCAGAGGGCUGAGGGAGCGAGUAAUAGCGAUGGUCACUCCAGAGGUGGACCUCACCCACAAGGCAUUGCAGUUAUGCAUCUGGGGCAAGAAAAUAGAUCGAUGGUUAGGUGGCAGUAACGUACAACCGUUAAAACUCCUGUUGCUGACCACCAAAGAAGGAGAAGAUUAAUAAAUACAUUUCAACUUUUUAGUUUCCUCAUUGUUAGCUAGAUAUUUUACUGAAACAUGUAAUAUAACUGUCAAUUUACUUUAUAUGUUUUAUUUACAAGAUAGUUGUAUGUGUGAUUUUAUAAUUCCAACAUUAUCUGUAAAUGCAUGGAAGAAACUCUGUUUUUGCAAGAUGUAAGCAUUAAUAUGGUUAAUGAUACAGAUCACACAUUUCUAAAUCUGAAACUCAUGCAGCUGAUUACCAAGCCUCAUUGAAAUGAAUCUGCAGGUAUUUAUGUGUAAAAAGCAGUAAUAAUACUUUUUAUAAAUAUUUGUAUUGCGUCUUUCAUACAAGAAAUAGGCCUGCUGUACAAAAAGGAAAUUGCAUGACAUAAGCAGACGUAGAAUGAACAUAAAACGGGGAUAUAAAGCCAUAAUUAAUAGAAAAUAAGAUGGAUAAUAAAACACACUUGAAACAGUAGCGCUAAGCCUACAACUGGCGGUCAACCUGCCCCACCCACUUUCCCUCUGCUCUCUAAGUGGUCACCGUGCGACAUAUGCUAUGACGUCCUACCAAGGGCUGAGGGGAAGUGAAGGAGGGCAUGUUUAAAAAAAAUAAAAUAAAAAAUAAAAUAAAAACACUAAUGAAACGCAGCCCUGAUCAUGCCCACAUUAGCACUGCCAGCUAGCUACUGUUAGCAGCUGGACACAAACGGGCUGAAGCCACACGUAGACUACACCAGUCUUUUCUCACUUUUCUACAAACAAAAACCUACACCACCAUUGUAAUUUUUUUGAAAGAUUUCGUAAUCACAUAAACAACUGUCACACUUGAAUAUGCACCUUAUGGAACAACCAGUGCCAACAGGACUACUGAAAUGUCUCUAUUUCUCUUAUCUGGCCACCAGUGUAUUCAUAUUUUAUUUAUUUGGUUUUAUUUGCUAAUGGUAGCUUGUUAGCAGAACUAAUAUAGGGAUGUUUAUAGUUUCAAAUGAUCCUUCUCAAACUCACAGAAAGUAGCCACGCUCCAGUGUUUACUUCAACAAUACACUCAAUACUGUGUUUGCACGGGAAAGCACAGAAAGCUUGUUUUGACAAAUCCAACACAAAUGUUGAAAUGCUAAAAACAGUGGCCACGGUUGUUCUGUAUCUUUCCCGUUUGAUGAACAAACUUUGGCCGGCAGCUUGCAGCAGGAGGUCAGAUAUCAGACUGUUGGCAGAAAAACACAAGCUGGUUGGAGUUGAAACAAGUUGGAACUCGCCAUGCCAUUUUCUCUGCCAGUGCUUGGUCUAAUAAAAUCUUUGUGCUUCUACAACUACGAUUAACUUUAUCAACUGACACGACACUGACAGUUAUCGUGACAAAGUGUACCUUAAAUUUCAAAUUAUUUGUAUUGUUUUGACUGUAUCUGUCCUGAUGCACAAUCAGAUUGUUUAAAAAAAAAAAAAAAAAAAAAAAAAAACUCUCUAAAACAACUAAACAUGCAAACCGACAUGAGUUGUGAACAGAAUGCCAGUAGUGACAUUUCUCUGUGUGUCUGUGCAUUUGUUUUUUUUCGUCUGCUCAAAGUAAAGUUGACUUUGACUCCGAGAACAGAGUGUCUACAAACAACCAGUUGUUGUGUCAAAGCAUAGACCAGCCGCAGAGACUCUUUGUUCAGCUGUAUUUAAAUGUUGCUUUCAUACAAGAUCCAGCCCAGCCUACGCUUUACCCCGAAUGUACAUGAAAAGAUAUAUCUAUCGAUAGGCCUAGGACUAUAUUUUAUACUCGAAUGUUAAAUGUUAUAUACUGUAUAGAUCUAUAAUAGUAUGUGCAAUCCUUAGUCAUAGCAUAUGCAACAGUUUGGAAUAUGUAAUUAAAAACGAUGCUGUAUGUAUCAUUUCUUAAACCUUUAGUUUUUUUGAAGGGAGAAUCCACCUAAAAGCAGAAACGUUCUUCUGUAAUCCUAAAAAGGUUUAAUAUCGUUUAGGAAUUUGUUUCUCCUAAAAGGAGACUUCUUAUCACCUGACACUUUUAUGGAGUGGAAACUGUAUUUAAAAAAAAUUCUUUUUUUCAGUUUGCAGAUGAUGAAAUUAAGCUUAUCUUAAUUUAAACAAACAAACUCACAGUCUGUUGAAUUUGCUUUCCAUUCACAUCCAUUGUUCCAUUCAUGUCAGUAGAGCGUAGGGGCCCACGAUUCAGAAAAUGUCACGAUUCGAUUCAAUAUCGAUUUUUAGGCUCAAGAUUUGAUUAAAAAAACCGUUCUUGAUUUAAAAAAAAAAAAAAACCGAUUCACAGUAUGUUAAUGUAGUUAUUUUUCCCGUGGGAGUGCAGUAGACAUACAAUUUAAAAGAAAAGAAAUGCAACAAAUUAAAUGUAGUUUGAUAUUACUUUAUAUGUCUUCAUACAAAAAUAAAAAUGUUUGCACCUAAAAACUGCAAAGUGCCAAGCUUUUGCCAGCUUUCAAAUACAUUUAAUUCAAGUAUAAAAUAAAACUGUUCAAUAAGAAGAGCUUUUCGCUCAGAGUUCGGUGGGAGUUUAGAGCAUUGAAGGAGUGCGUUGGUUCUUCUUUUGAUUAUGACGAGAGUGCCCAGGCGUCAGUGGGAAUUCGACGCAGCGCCAUCUAUGGGAAUGGCGAGCUAAACUCAUUUCAGGACAAUAGUAUACACGCCAUUACAAAACGAAAAAAACAAAAAAUAUGAACUGAUUUUUGGAAUUCUAUGAAUCGAUUUUGAAUCGGUAGAGCUUGAAUCACGAUACAAAUGUGAAUCGUUUUUUUUUUGUUUUUGUUUUUUUUGCACACCCAUAGUGGAGCGAAUAUGAAUGACCAGUCCACACAUCUCUGGACUUCUAAUCCAGACUUUAAUUGCCAGUUACAAAAGAAUGUGCAGGGAUGUCAUGUUCCUAAAUUGAACAGUCCAACAUUUUAAUAAUCACACAUUAAAUUAGUUUUUUGGUGGAUUCUCUCUUUAUGUGCAGCAUGUACUCGUCAGUACAGAAGCACAGACAAACCAAAGGUAAUUUUAUGCCCAAAUUUAUGUUUUCUGGAUGUUAAUGUUUAAUGGGGAUUAUAUAUAUAUAUAUUCUUGGCCAGGUCUUCUUCACCGGCUUUCUUCAUCCAGCCGUUACAGUUUACAGGCCUGUGUGGUCUACUGUACUUAUGGGAUUUUAUAUAUAGUAAACGCCUAUGGUAUGCAGCAAAUACUUAUACAGGCUUUCUAUAUUGAGAGAAUAUCCCACGGAUCAGGUCUGUUGUAGAGAAAUGUCUUUGAAGAAGUGGAAUUUUAAGUUUAAUAUGCACUGAUACAUCAUGCAAGGCCUUGUUAAGUGCCUUUUUUUAAAUGUUUACCGUCUGUUUGUGUGUCUGGGAACCUCAGGGGAAGUUGGAGUGCAAUGGCUUUUUUUGAAUUGUCUAGUCAAUGAUUAACCUGAAUCUGUUUCCCUUCAAUUGCCAUCAGACGGAUUUUGCUUUCACCCGAAACCUUUGUAAAGUCGGCCAGCCAUUUAUUGUCUUGAUAUUGUCUCUCCUCGCAUCUCUCUUCUUUUCAUGUAUGUGUCAUCUUGGGAUCUGUUGGUUUUAUUGCAGCUUCAUGUACAAAAUAGAAACCAGGAAUAAAUGGGAUGAAAACUUG